AUGUCCGUCUUCGAGUCGCUACCAUACGACAUCCUCCUCGCCGUUGGAAACGCAUGCGCGAAACCCGAUUUGAACAACCUAGCCAGGGCCAACAGCCUAUGUUACGACUUGUUCAAUCAGCUGCUGUAUUCGCGCAACAUCCAGGACGAAGCUCCUCACUAUUCCUGCAUCUUCUUUGCGAUUCAGUCUAACAACAUCCGCACCAUUCAGAAGGCGUUGGAGCAUGGGGCUGAUGUGAACACUCGCGCGUUAGAAGUCCCUGCUGCUUUUCUCCUCGGUCGGAAACAGUACGAAGCUGUUGAAUUAAGACAAGACGGUGGGGAUGCCAUAGAAUAUGCAGGAUCCUGGGACUAUACAGUGCCAGUGGGGGAAAUAGCAUUGAAUGUGAACCAAGCAGCAGUGAAUGUGGACGAAGAUGGCUCGCUGGUGGUUGGCAUCAUGUCGGAUAGAGCGUCCGUCCCGGAAACACUGGACGCGGCGGAGGCUGUGGUCGAGGUGCAAGGCACUGCUGAUGCCCGAAGGUUAUCCUACACUCCUCUUCAAUGCGCGACGUUCUUCCGUCGGCAUGAAAUUGUAAAAUACCUGCUGCAGCACGGAGCAGACCUCGAUGCGACGGCCAGGGGAAGCUGUGACUGCCUUGAUGAGGCUAAGGAUGUCGGCGUCCUCCAUAUCGCUCUUUCUCAUGGUCAAGGGGAUGGAGACGCCACGGCCAUAGCAAAGACCCUCAUCGAACACGGAGCUCGAGAUUCUGCACGGGGGCAUCCAGCGAUCUUUGAGAUUGUCGAGAACGCAGAGGUCGAACUCUUCGACGUCAUGGUAAACCGCCAUGAAGUGGACUUCCAUGCUACCGACAAAUCAGGUCGAAAUCUCCUACACUUGGCCGUUGAGUCUAUUGAUGGCGCGUGCUUACCGCUGUGCCAGAAGCUCAUUGACAGAGGCGUGGCCGUCAACCACAGAGACAACAUGGGACGCACACCAUUCUCGUCUAUCGUAACGGGCGGCGAAUAUGUCCCGGCCGCCAUACUUCUCCUUGAACAUGGGGCCGACCCUACGCUUGCGCUUGUCUAUCGCGAUGGCAGUCGUCCUCGGAGUAUGCUCGACGCAUGCGUUUACGACAUCCCAGACUAUCCAUCGGGGAUUCCUUGGCAGGCGCACGCCGAAUUUGUCAAGGAACAGACCGAAAGGGCCCAACUCCUAAAACUUCUGCUGGAAAGGGGUAUACCGCCGAACCCGAGACGUGGCUCCAGACGUCACCGCAAAGCCAUGACGAGAGCACUGUUCGGUGCUGCCGCUCAUCUAAAGGAUGUCAACUGCAUGCAGAUGUUGAUUGAUGCUGGCGCCCGAGCUGAUUCCACAAUCGGGAGAGCCUUCUACAGGGAUCAAUGGCCUCUCUUGGUCGCCUUUGUCAAACAUGAGGCUCGGCAAUGGGGCUUUUUAACUUUUGACGACAUCCCGGAAGAGAUCUCCAUAGUAAAUCGUGUUCGCCUCCUUUUGGACAAUGGGGCUCCUUUGGGUCCUGUCCGUAGCACCGACAACCAUGCCAGGGCACGGUUGUCCGCCGGGCCAUCAAAUGAGAGUGCUGAGGCAGAGGGCGAGAGUGAUGAAGAAAUUGAAGGAACAUGGGACGCGUAUUCCAUUCAAGGCUUUGGUUCGGAUCUCUUCGAGUUUAGCGAAGGUACAGGGACAGAAAGUUCCUCUGCUAUGGAGGUUGCUUUUGAACUGGCUGCGUCAGACAGGCAAGCAACCUUCCGCCCCGAGGUCGGAUUCAAACUGAACGAUAUAUUUCUCGAUAUCUUUUGUGAAUAUGCCACGAGACGCAAUAUCACAGAGAGGCAUAUUAGCAAUUUGAUAGAGGAUUAUGAUGAGGAAGGGUACGAGGAGGCUAGUUCAGGCAAAGAGUCUUCCGGUAGGCUAAAAGCUGCCUGGGACAAGUUGGUUCAGCUCAGGGACAGACUGUAUCCAGGCCACCAGCACGGUUGA